GGACUCCAGCGGCUUUUCUCAGUGCUGGAAGCUCCGACCCCUUCUUCCCACCGCGGAGCGCGUCCUCCCCUCUGCAGGGCCCGGAGCCGCUGGCCCGACGGGCGCCGGACCGAGCUAGGCCGGGCAGCUGCACCGAGGCACCAUGACGACCUUGGAUGAUAAGUUGCUGGGGGAAAAGCUGCAGUACUAUUACAGCAGCAGUGAGGAUGAGGACAGCGACCCGGAGGACAAGGAUGGAGACAGGGGUGCCCUGGCUGGCAGUUCAGUGCCUGCAGAUGCUGAGUUGGCAGGCGAAGGCAUCUCAGUUAACACAGGUCCAAAAGGUGUGAUCAAUGACUGGCGCCGCUUCAAGCAGCUAGAGACGGAGCAAAGGGAGGAGCAAUGCCGGGAGAUGGAACGGCUGAUCAAGAAGCUGUCCAUGACCUGCAGGUCCCACAUGGACGAAGAGGAGGAGCAACAGAAACAGAAGGACCUCCAGGAGAAGAUCAGUGGAAAGAUGACUCUGAAGGAGUUUGCCAUGGUAAACGAGGACCAAGAUGACGAAGCGUUUCUGCAGCAGUACCGGAAGCAGAGAAUGGAGGAGAUGCGGCAGCAGCUCCACAAGGGACCCCAAUUCAAGCAGGUGUUUGAGAUCCCUAGUGGAGAAGGGUUCUUAGACAUGAUUGACAAAGAACAGAAAAGCACCCUCAUCAUGGUCCAUAUCUACGAGGACAGCAUUCCGGGGACUGAAGCCAUGAACGGCUGCAUGAUCUGCCUUGCUGCCGAGUACCCAGCUGUCAAGUUCUGCCGGGUGAAGAGCUCGGUGAUUGGGGCCAGCAGCCGGUUCACCAGGAACGCCCUGCCUGCCCUGCUCAUCUACAAGGGGGGUGAAUUGAUUGGCAAUUUUGUCCGGGUCACUGACCAACUUGGGGAAGAUUUCUUUGCUGUGGACCUUGAAGCCUUCCUGCAGGAAUUUGGAUUGCUCCCUGAAAAGGAAGUCUUGGUGCUCACAUCGGUGCGUAGCUCUGCCACCUGUCACAGCGAAGACAGCGACUUGGAAAUAGAUUGAGCCACGAGUCCACUAGUGUCGAUUUCCCACUGUUGGGGCUGCAAGAAACAUAUCUGGGUGUUUUUUUUUUUUUUUUUUUUUAAUUUUGUUCUUUCCUGUGUCUUCUGGUGUUUCAGCUGUUUUUUGUAGUUCCUUUUCUUAUAUGUAAAGUCAAGAAAUUCUCAGAUUAAAUUAGAAUGCUGAAUCACCUUGUGGUUAGCAAUAAAGUCACUUAAAAUUGUAUAAACAGGAAGCCAGGCUUUUGAACUAUUUACUCAAGAGUCUCUGGUAUGACAUCUCUGUUAUUGUUUCCAGUCAAUAUUUACAUAGCAUCCUAAAGACAGAGUCCUGCAAAUUGUGCUCAGAUGAGCUGGGAGGUCUCUGCCAGGUCUGGGAGUAUGAUUCUGUAACUUGUAUGUUAUUUGCAACGUAAAUAGUACGUUUCCCUCAUCAGAUGAUUGUAAAUUAUAUUUACUGGUGAUCAGACCCAUACCCCGAGAAGAGAGUUCUUUCCCUGCUAGUGUCUCUUCUCCCUGGUCUUGCUUCAAGGUUGCUGAUCUAUGUGUUUGCCCCAUCACAGGAGGCAGCCUCUGCUGGUGGAGUUGAUGUCUGGCUCAAGAGUGACUAGAUCUAGGAUUAGGGGAAGGAUGGGUGCCCGCUGCCUUCCUGAUGCUGAACAACCAACUGGAGUUAAGAAUUAGAACGGGGUGGCGCUGGGAAACCUUUUUAAAGGUGGAUCUUUUAGUAAGAUCCUCCCGCUUACCUCAUUCUCUGUCUCUUAUUUAGUAAGGUAAUUCUGUUUCAUGUUGCUUUUUUUAAAAAACUUUUUGCAUUUUGGAAAAGUAUUAUUCAAUAGGGGAAAAUUGACCAAAAUGCAGAAGCAAAAAUAAGAUUAGAAUAAUCUCUGAUCCUAUCCAGGGUAAAACACUCUUAAUAUUUUAGUACAUUUCCUUCAAGGUGGUUUUCUUUGUCUACAUAGACAUUUUGUUUCUACCAUAGCCUUGGGAUCAUUCUGGACAUACUGUUUUAUAGUAUGGUCAGAUAUUAUGUUAGACUUCUUUUCAAGUUUUUAAAUACUCUUCUACAACAUGUUUUAAAUGGCCGUCAAUGUUCCAUUGUAUAGAUAUUCUGUCGUUUUCCUGGCAGUUGUCUCUUAAAAAGAAAAACAGCAAAGACUUUGUAUUACAGGAGUAAUAGAUGUCCGGUGUAGAAAAAUAUAAUAAAAACUGCUAAGCCGAAGAGAGAUUUUAAAAGCCCAAUCCUCCACCAACCAAAAAUAAUCUCCGUUACCAUUUUUACAGGUAGCUUUCUAAAUUUUUUUUUUUCUAUGUAUUUAUAAUAAUGAUGGUCAUGGGAGGUUUCCCACUUGAAAAAUAGAUAUUCCACAGUCAAGGAAAAUGUAAUCUGGAGUUAAAAAUUAGCUUUAAAAUUCAUAGUUUCACUUUUUCUGGCUGUUCAGAAAUUGACUGUUGGAGGGUGUUAAAAAUAUCUGUGGUGGUUUUCCAGCAAAUAGAGAUAUCAUGGUUUUUCUGAUAAAAGAGCUUAUUGUAGCAGAAAAUUGUAAGAGGUAGAGACAACUGUUUUUACUGUUCGAGUUUAUUUCUUUUCAGUCUCUUCAAUAUUUUUAAUAACAAUACGAACUUGUGAAUUUAGUUCUGUAUUCUGUUUUAUUUAAUAUUACAUCACAAAUACCUUGACAUGUUAUAAAAAUUCUAAAUAAAUAAUUUUUAAU